UUCAGUGGUCGUUCUUCAGUUAUCAAUCGAUUUCUCAAUGAUGAGAUUGUUUAAUUGUUUCUUCAAGUUCCAUAAGUUCGUGGUACUAGCGUUAGUGUUGUUUAUCCUGCUAAAAGAAGCUCAACUCUUCGAGCAAAAGCACAGCUUUGAAACCAGAUACGCCGAAGUGCCGAUAGAUCAUUUGAGCUUCUCAGAUCAACUGGUCACCUUCAAAAUUAGAUAUCUCGUGAGCGCGAAAUACCACGUCAAAGAUGGCCCGAUUUUCGUCUACUUGGGCCACGAAGGCGACAUCACCAUGUACGCCGAAAAUACUGGGUUUUUAUUCGACAUAGCUCCUACUUUCAACGCCCUUCUGGCCUUCAUCGAGCACCGGUAUUACGGGCAAUCUCUACCGUUCGGUAAUAGAACUUUUGCUAGUGCCGAAAACAUGAAAUAUUUAACAACAGCUCAAGCUUUAGAGGACUUUGCGAUGAUCAUUGACGGAUUGAAGAAAGAGUUUUUCGAAAGCGUGACCACAGCUGAAAGUUAUCCUAUUAUCGCAUUCGGCGCUUCGUACGGUGGAAUGUUGUCGGCUUGGUUACGAAUGAAAUAUCCCUUUUCCAUCAUUGGAGCUAUAUCAUCUUCAGCGCCUUUGUUGUACUUGCCGGGCAUAGCGAAUUGCGAGGUUUUCUACGAAAUUGUGACGAACGUAUUCGAAAAAUUUGGUAGGGAACAAUGCGUUAAGACUAUUAAACUUGGUUGGGAUGUUAUUAUUAAUUUAACUAAAACGAAAUUAGGAAUGGAUUUUAUAUCUUCAACCUGGAAAUUAUGUAGAAGAAUUAGGUCCACUGAGGAUGUAGAAAAAUUGCUGGAAUGGUUAACGAGCGUUUACGUAAAAUUAGCGUUAUCUAACUACCACUACCCAACCGAUUUGUACACUCCCCUACCCGCGUACCCGGUCAAGGUUUUCUGCGACAAAUUGACUUCAUCCUUCUUCAACGACACCAAAGGCCUGAUCGAACAAUUCAGUCAAGCGUUGGAGAUUUACACCAACUACUCGGGAAAAUCGGUGUGUAAUAACGUCAAUAGUUCGGUUGAAGAUUUCAACGAAGUCGCCUUCGGUUAUCAACAGUGCACCGAUUUAGUCAUGCCCAAAUGCUCUACAGAAAUCGACAUGUUCAUCACCAAACCUUGGGACUACGACCAAUUCUCUAUGGAGUGCAUGAAGAAGUACGGAGUCAAGAAUUUCUUUCCCUUAUCGCCCCUGAAGGCGUUCGACGCGAAAAGUCUAAAGUAUUACUCUAAUAUUUUAUUCACUAACGGCAACAUGGACCCGUACUCUUGCUGCAGCAUUUCUAGCAACAUUUCUUCGACGAUUUCAGCGUAUAAUAUAAUUGACGCCCCGCACCAUGUUGAUUUGAGAACCGCCGAUGUGGCAGAUAAUAAUUACAUCAUAUCCACCAGGAGGCAAAUCGUCGAAACCAUUAAACAGUGGUUAAAUAUGAUUUGAAUCAAUCCAAUAUUAAAAUGGGUAAAUUUAAAGAAAUGCUUUUAUUAAUAGAUGUGUUAAAGUUAACUUCUUAAUCUAACGAACGCUUUGUAUGUGUAGUAAAUU